AUGUCCGAAGAUAAUGGAUUUGCAAUGACAUUUCUUUCUCCGUCUGAUUCUCCAGAAACCCCGAAGAUGCAAGACGAAGAUUUGCCACUAAAUAAUACACUCUAUCUGCAAGACAAAAAUUGUAUCAUUUGUGCAGUCAAAUUCAAGAAAUUCAAAACUCGAAGAUACUGUUGCUUUUGGUUCUUUCACACGACACCUAUUCCAUAUCGACUUUUUUUUUAAAUUAUUUUUUUGGUCUAGCCUAUUGCUUUUUGGUCUAUUUUUUAUGGCCUAUUCUUUUUUGCCUAUUUUUAUAAUGCAAAAAAUUUUAUAAUAUAAAUUCUGUCAAAAACAAUAGACAAAGCAAAUAGGUUAAAAAAAGUUCAAAAAAGGUGAAAUAAAAAUAGGUCCAAAAAAAUAUAGGCCAAAAAACAUAGACCAAAAAAUAGACAAAAACAAUAAGCUAAAAAAAGAACAAAAAAUAAGUGAAAAAAUAGGUUAAAAAAAAAUCGUUAUGAAAUAGCUGUCAUGUGAAGAGCGGCUGCUUUUACUGCUACAGAGGAGUCUGCAACAACUGCUCUCUGCAAAAAACUUUCAAUAAAGAGCUAAGCCGCUCAGUGAGAACAUGCGAUAAGUGCAUCAAAGAGGUUCUCUGCCAAGGAAAUACCCUUGAAAUUGAAAAAGUGAAUGCUCUGAAAAACAAAAUUUUCGAACGAAUAAAAGAAGAGCAGAGCGAAAUCAGCAGAAAUAGAGGUGAUUCGACCUAUCUCAAGGAAAAUCACACUUAUAUUGAGGCUGAAAUCCAGGCUAGGACCAGCUCAAUUGCUGAAACCAAGUUGAAAAUUGAGGCAAAGCAAAAUGAAAAUAGGGUCUUGAUGGACAAGUUAAGCAUGUUGGAAGACGAGUGCAAUGUUGGGACAACAAUUAAAAGUUAUGCAAGGUCUCAAAGUGAGCUAAAUAAAGGAGACUCAGAAAAAUAUAUUUAUUUGAAGAAGAAACUCGAGAAUUUAAAAUUCGAAAAUAAAAGCCUAUCUCUGGUCCUUAAAAAAACAAUUGAGAGCUAUAAUGCUUGCUUGGCGAAAAGAAGCGAGAUUACAGAGAGGGAACGCAUACUAGCACAGAUGAUUUCUACCAAAGAGUCUUUGCUCACUCACUUUAAGACUCCUUCCCAUGUUCCAAAUCCGAAGUCUACUUGUUGUGAAAGUUGCAUUAUAAUUUAA